AUGACUGUCUUGAGCACGCUUGGAGUAGGCGAUGGCUACGUGCAGUAUGCCCUCCUCGCUGCCAUUGCAGGAGUCCUGUUGAUCAACUUUAAGUCACUUCCAUUUGUGUGGCAUUUGCGAGUGAUGAAAGGUCUCUCCACCCAAUUCCUCGGUGCUCGACUGUCUUCUCCCCGCCAAAUCGCCGCCAAUGGAGUACUCGUCGACGAUCGAUCUGGGGGAAUUCCCCUCGUCUUUUCCUACAUGGUGACUUCGCACCAGAAUGCUCUCAUGGAAUGCGAUUACAACAUCCACAAGUCAAACAGCACUUUCUUCUCUGAUAUGGAUAUCAACCGCGCCCAACUCCUCUUGAACCUGUUUCCUCGCCUACCACGAUGGGCACCGGAGACUGCGGCCGAUACUCCCGACUCUAAGAAAGCGGAAAAGAUUGUCAGCAUUGCGCUUGGUGGAACUUCUUGUGUCUUCAAGCGCGAGAUCAAACCACUGCAGAGGUACGAGGUUUGGUCGCGAGUGCUAUCCUGGGAUGCGAAGUGGCUUGUGGUGGUUAGCUACUUUGUUAAAGCUGGAACUCAUCGGAAUGUGAUGCGCGGUCUACGGAAAGGAGAAAAGCCCAAGGAGGGAUCGGAGCUUGAGAAGGCAAUCCUCGCUGUGGGUGUUACUCGCUAUGUGUUUAAGGAUGGACGGCGGACGACACCCCCCCGAGGAAGUGUUGAGGACCAUGGGCCUCUACCCGUCCGCCACCACAGGUGGUGA